CUAGUAUUUUUGGCCCUUGCCGAUUUCGGUAGUGGCGGUUUAUUGGCUGCAGCCGGUCCAACAAAACAAAACAUCUCCACUAACUUGUUAAUUUAUCUGUCACGGUGUGGCCAUGGAGGAGGAGACCCGCCUGGUGUCCACAGGAGACUGUGUGAGGAUCUGGUCCUGUGGCUCCAUGGCUCCGCUGGAGCAGUUCAACCCUCACAGCAGCAGCCACCCGGUGGCUCAGGCCUGCUGGAGCUCCAACAACCAGUACCUGGUCAGCGCCAGCAGCAGCGGAGACAAGCUGGUGGUCUCCAGCCUCAAGUCCUCUGUGGUCACAGUGGUGGAGCUGGGAGACGGGAAAAAACAGACCCGUGUGUGUCUGAGUUCCUCGUCUCAGUUCCUGGCCAGCGGAGGUCUGGAUCACGGGGUCCACAUCUGGGACCUGAAGACCAAGAGACUGCACCGCUCCCUCAAGGACCACAAAGAGGAGGUGACCUGCGUCUCCUUCAACGCCAACGACAGCUACGUGGCCUCCGGGUCCACCAGUGGAGACCUGGUCCUCCACAGCCUGACCACCAACCUGUCCAGCAAGGCCUUCGGGCACGGCAGCAACCAGCCGGUCCAGGACUUGAGGCUGUCCCCCCUGAGGCGGUCCCUGCUGGGCAGCGUGUCCUCCAGUGGCACGGUGGUCCUGUGGGACUCCAACACCCAGAAGGAGCUGCAGGUGUUCGACGACGCCCACAAGGCGCCCGGCUCCGCCCUCGCCUUCUCGCCCGCCAGCGAGCUGCUGCUGGUCAGCGUGGGAUUGGACAAGAAGAUCGUGUGUUACGACACGGCCAGCCGCAUUGUCCUCCGGUCCAUCCGAGUGGACAGCCCUCUCUCCUCGGUGGACUUCCUCCCCGAUGGGACCGGUCUGGUGGUGGGAUCGACUCAGGGGAAGAUCUACCAGUACGACCUGAGGAACUCCAGCAGCCCCACCAGAGUCACGCUGGCCCACAAGACCUCUGUCACCUGCCUCCGCUUCCAGAGCAGCACCAGCAGACACAAGUCCAGUAAACUCGGCUCCACCAAGAUUGUCAAGAGAUCUUCAAUCAAGCUGUCAAGCAACCAAUCGGACCCCGCCCCCGACACAGGCCCCGCCCCCGGCACAGGCCCCGCCCCCCUCCGACAGGUGACAGGCACAGCAGGGGGCGCUGGUCCAGAGCUGAUGUCUCAGGGGACGGAGCCGCUUCCUGUGGAGGAGAAGUUCAGCAGCGUUGGACGGAACAGUCUGGAUGUCUUCUCUCCUGCUCGGGAAGACUCUCAGUCCGAGGAGUCGACCUUUGGCAAGACGCACGGUAUCGGUUUGGAGACGCAGUCCAGAGAAGGGGAGGGUCAGAAGGUCAUCGGCCGGGCCAGUCUGGACAUCUUCUCCCCCGUCAGAGAAGAUCUGAACCCCCGUAAGACCCCCCUGGGGACGCUGCUGGGCGGCGCCGCAGCCCGCUGCUACAGCCCGCUGUCCGUUAUCCAGACCCCCACCUCAAUCACAGAGGAGGAGCCAAUCACAGCCGCAGCAGCCCAACCAUGUGACCCCAGGAAGGCCAGCAACUCCAGUCUGGAGGGGGAGGGCCAGGCCACGCCCACAGCACUUCAACAGACCAAUCACAGCCAGUCGGCCCCAACCUUCUUCACUCCAGAGCCCAGCCUCAGGACAGCCAAUGGGAUUCAAGCUCAUCUGAGCUACGAGUCUCCUGUCCAGAGAGCUGCCAGUAGCACAGCAGGUGCAGCUCUGUCGGCGGCCGUGUCCUCAUCUCUCUCCCAGAACAUCGCUGAGGUGGUGGGUCAGGCAGGAGCUGCUCCUCUCACGUCCCUGCAGAUCCACUUCAUCCAGAACAUGAUCCACGAGACUCUGGAGGACUUCAGGGACACCUGUCACAGGGACAUCGUCAACCUGCAGGUCGAGAUGGUCCGACAGUUUUACAUCCAGCUGAAUGAAAUCCACGGCCUGAUCGAGAAGUACUCCGUGAACGAGUCUCUGGUGGAGGAGGUGGAGCGGCUGAAGGAGGAGAACCGGCGGCUCAAGACCAACUACUGAGCCUGUGAUGUCACGGUGAUGUCACUGUCUUCUUCACACCAGCAGCACCAGACCUGUGAGUGGAGUUCUACAGACGUUCAAAUGUCCCGUUGACACGUAAAUGCAUCUCUUGUGGUUGCCUCUGAUAAAUAAAAAGAUGUGUUCCCUCCCGCCUGAGGGAGUUCAUGAGGAUCGGUUCUCACCCAGACGUUCUCUGUGUGCCUGUAUCAUAUUUUUAAUAACAAACAUUUGUCUAAAAAUAUAAUAAAUAGAUUCAUAAUGAAAAUAAAA